AUGUCUUCAGAAACUAAUAAAAACAAUAAAAAAGAAUCCCACAAAAAAACGCCAGAUCCAAUAGCUCAUGUGACCACUCAUGGUUCUACAGCUCUAGGAGGUGUGGGUUCAAAUCCUUCAAUUGAAGAGCAAGAAAGAGAACAUGUUGCUCAUGUCCCACAAUACGGUAGUACGGCUCUUGAGGGUGUAGGUGUCAUUAAUGAUCCUACCAAUAGUCAGCCUAUUAAUAAUAAUACUACUACUACUAAUAUUGAUACUUCAGAAGAUAAAAAAGACGAGGGAAUGAUCGCCAAAGCCAUUGAUGCCGAAACUAUCCUUGAUUUGAAAUUGAUAAAUGAAAAAAAUAAUAAAGCCGCAUUUGUUGAAAAUUUGAUUGAUGCGACUCGUUUAAUGUUAGAGGUGAUUUGGCCUGGUUGUGACAAUACAAAAUCAAAUUUAUUAUCUUUAAAAACCUUUUUGGAAGAAAUUUUAAAAAGAUCAAGAACUUCAUGUUCAACCCUUCAAACUGCAUUAUUUUACUUAUUUAGAAUUAGGCCGAAGAUUGAAAUAUUAAAAGAACAAAUUUAUAAAAUAUCUCCAACAGCGCCUAUAACGGCGAUACUUUGUUGCAGAAGAAUGUUUUUAAUUUCGUUGAUAAUUGCAUCAAAAUAUCUUCAAGAUCGUAAUCACUCCAACAAAGCUUGGUCGAAAAUAACUGGUCUAGCUGUCAAAGAAAUUAACUCUUAUGAAAUAUUUUUUCUGCGAUUGAUCAAUUACAAUUUAUACGUCACCUAUGACUCUUUUGAAAAUUGGUGCGUUUUAUUGUUAAGCAAUAUUCGAUCGAUAUCAGGCGAAGGAUUCAUACAACAUGACGGCUUCAAGAAGUUAGAAAAUCAAGACAAAGUAAAUUCAUUCAGAGAGAUUUUAAAUUCAUUAAAUAUAGAAAGUUUAUAA